UCUCGUCACUUGCCUCAAAAGGAUCCACACCAUAGAGUGCAGUUUUGAUGGGAAUGUGGACAGAGGGUGGAGGUUGGGGGAUGAAGGUGGACAAGAUGGAGGUGGGAAGUGUUUAAUUUGAGGAUUUUUUUUUUAGUUAGUGGCGGCGGAUGAUGAUGGUGGUGGAUGAUGGUGAGGUGAGGGGAGAGUCAUCUGUUUUUUUUAAUUAUAUUGUUAAUUUGAAAAGGAUAAUUAAAGGUUUUUAAUUAAAAAAAAAUAAUUAAAGAAAAAUAAAAUAAAAUGACUGGUUGUAUAGAUCACUGGUCACUUGGAUUCAUUUUGGGAGAAAAAAAAUGCAAACUUAUGUUUAUUUUGGGAAUAUUUAAAGGUUGGUCUAUUUUAGGAGGAUAGGGCAAAGCUUGAGUUGUUGUUAUUAAAUUUUCCUAGUAUAUAUUAUGUAUAAACUUUUUUUUAAUAUGGUAAGGAGGAGAUCCAUCAUAGAAUGAGUUUGGUGAGAUUCAAAUAUUUAAUAGCUGACUUUACACAUAAAAGUCGGAGAAUUAGCUAUCUAUUCUAACUUCUUUAUCUCUCCCUGUAAACUUAUUGUGUACAAUACAUUUUCAAAUCUAAAUUAUUCGUCAAACUUAUACUCUUCCGAUCUCCGUCUAAUUAGAGGAGCUUGUAAACGAGAAGCACCAAAGACCUCCCUCAUUGACUUCCUAAUUAGUACGAGUAUGGAAUUAUGGAUCACAAGUCAAAUGAAAAUCUAGGAACUUUUUAAACACAAGAAAAGGCGGGAAAAUGCAACAAAAAUACAUACUCUCAGUUUCUACUUCAAUUUUCAGUUGCAAUUGAGCUUCAUACUCAAUUCAACAGAGAAAACAGAGAUUUUUCCCAAAAAAUCACCCAAUUUUGUUGUUGAACAGAAAAAUCGAACGCAAAAUUAGGGUUAAUUUAAUAUGAAAAUGGAGAGGAUUUACGUCACAGUUAGGGCAAGACCUCUUUCUCCAGAAGACGCCAAAUCAAGCCCUUGGAAGUUGUCUGGCAACUCAAUCUUUUACCCUAAUUCAUCUUCUAAGUUCGAAUUUGAUAGGAUAUUCGGAGAAGAUUGUAAGACUAAGGAGGUAUAUGAAGCUCGUACUAAAGAUAUUGUUUCGGCCGCUGUGGGCGGGUUUAACGGUACUGUAUUUGCUUACGGACAAACGAACAGUGGGAAAACACAUACAAUGCGUGGAUCCCCCUGUGAACCAGGAGUCAUUCCUCUUGCUGUUAGGGAAUUAUUUGAUAUAAUUCAAGAGGUUCCUGAUCGGGAGUUUCUUUUGCGAAUGUCCUAUUUGGAGAUUUAUAACGAGGAGGUCAAUGACUUGUUAGUUCCUGAACACAGAAGACUGCAAGUUCAUGAAAGCCUUGAGCGGGGCAUAUAUGUUGCUGGUUUGCGAGAAGAAAUUGUUGCCUCACCUGAGCAAGUCCUUGAAUUUAUGGAUUUUGGAGAAUCUCAUCGGCACAUUGGAGAAACUAAUAUGAACUUGCACAGUAGUAGGUCUCAUACAAUAUUUCGCAUGAUAAUUGAAAGCCGAGAUAAAGCAGGAGAUGAAGAGUCUGGGGAUUCCUGUGAUGCUGUCCGUGUCUCUGUUUUGAACCUAGUUGAUCUUGCUGGCUCAGAACGUGCCGCAAAAACUGGAGCAGAAGGUGUACGUUUGAAAGAAGGUUCUCAUAUCAAUAAAAGCUUGAUGACUCUUGGAACUGUUAUAAAAAAGCUCAGUGAAGGUGCUGAGAGUCAAGGGGGUCAUGUUCCUUAUCGAGACAGCAAACUUACACGUAUACUGCAGCCUGCCCUUGGAGGGAAUGCUAAUACAGCUAUAAUAUGCAACAUUACACUUGCACAGAUUCAUGCAGAUGAGACAAAAAGUAGUCUUCAGUUUGCAAGCAGAGCUUUACGAGUCACUAACUGUGCACGCGUUAAUGAGAUCUUAACUGAUGCAGCCUUGUUGAAGAGGCAGAAAAAAGAAAUUGAGGAGCUUCGGGGUAAAUUGCAGGCGUCUCAAUCGGAUCAUCUUGAAGACGAAAUCCUCAACUUGAGGAACACAUUAUUACAGACCGAGUUAGAGAGAGAGCGAAUCGCUCUGGAGCUGGAGGAGGAGAAAAGAGCUCAGGUGGAGCGUGAGAAGAUGCUAGAACAACAAGCAAAAAAGAUAAAGAACUUGAGUUCUAUGGUAUUGAACUCGAAUAGAGAGGAAAUUCGUGAUCAUCCUAAAAAGGACAAGAGACGUGAUACAUGGUGCCCUGGUAAACUCACAGUGGAGGCUUUCAAAGAAGCAUCUAACAAGAUGGAUUUAAGAACUUCUGGUAUGAAAGUGAGACAAGAGCGUGAUCAAGGACCUCUUGUUCCUUUUGAAGAUCUUGUAACUGAAUGUGAAGCUACACGUGAUGUCUCUAGCAAACAAAAGAAAGAUCAUGAUGACAAUUAUUCAGAUGAUUGUGUGCUUCCAGACCCAUGUACCUUGCUCAAAGUUACUAGCAGGAGAAAAAUGCCACAAAAGAAAAAGACCUUGCCUAUGGAGAACAAUGAAUUACAUGAAUUGCAAGCAGAAUAUGAAGACCUUUUCCUGAGAUUUGAAACUCAGAGGAUCAUGUAUGAAGUACAGCUUGAUUGUUUAAAUAGAAUGUCGAAAACUUAUGCAGAAAACUUUGAUUACCCCACUCAUUCUCCACACAGUAAUUCUUUAUCCAGUGACAACAAUAUGCUCUCAGUAGAUAAAGAUGCUACUCUUUUAAUUGAACAGCUAAAAGAGCAGAUUAAGGUGUUAGAAAUGGAGAAAGUAUCAAGUGAGCAGAAUUUUGAAAGUAUAAUUGAUUUUGAGAAAAAGCAGAAAGCAUGUGCAGUGGAAAAAUAUGAAGAGCUCUAUGAAGAGCUCCAGAAUGCCAAAAAGGAGGCUGGGGUUGCUUGUACUAAAUUGAGUGAAAGAUAUGCUGAAGCAAUGGAGGAAAGCAAUUCAAACUUAGUGUCGGAGCUUCAAUUAGAGGUCCAACAAACAUGUGAAGAAGUCCAAAGCCUGACUGCUUUGUUUGGAUGCAUCUCAUCAGUCAAUGAGGAACUUCUUAUGAACCAUUCCAAUGCACUUGACGAGUUACAUAAUUUGAAGUCCUUUUUGGGCGAAAACUCCGUGUUAUUGAGAUCAGUUGCUAAUGAUCAUUUAAAGCUAACCAAUAGCUUGAAAAACAGGAUAGUUGAACUUGAGAAUGAGAAGCUUAUAUUCAAUAGUCAAACUGAAAAAGCCUUGGCUGAUCUCUCAGAACAGUAUGAUAUGGAAAAAUCAGAUCUAUUUUCUCAUAUUAAAUUCCUUGAGAAAGAAGUCUAUUCCUUGUCAUCUUCUUCCUUGUCUAGAGAAAAGGAGUCAAUGAGGAAAGAUCUCGAGAAAACCAAAAAUAAGUUAAAAGAGACCGAAUCAAAGCUUAAGAAUUUAAUGCAAGAGAAAACUAGACUUGAGGGUGAGAGAGCUAAUGCUGAAAGAGAGAUUAAAAAAUUGCACAGUCAGAAGGCUCUUCUUGAGCGUGAUAUCUGCAAACGAGACUCCCUUGCUGGUAGAAGACGUGAAUCCUAUGUUGAUCGUCCCAGGGCAGCUGAUUCCAAAAAGAUGAGGGGUCAAGAAAAUGUUAUGCAGCAGACACUGCAGGAUGAUUAUAAGAAGCUGGAAGUUCUUGCUUUUGAAAUGGAAACAACAAUUGCUUCUCUUGAAGAGGAGCUUGCUGCUGCAAAGCAAGAAAAGGAAGAAUUACUUGCUAGAAAUGAAAGUUUGAGUUUUGAAAUUGAGAUGUUAUCUGACAAGUUUGACGCGUCAAACAAUGAAUUAAAUGCUUUGCAAGAAGAGCUUUCAGAUUUAAGAUUGAAGUUUGAGAAAUCUGAAAGCUCCCACCAGAAAAUGGAAAGCCAGCUUAAUCUAUUGGUUGAGGAAAAGGAGGAGCUAGUAAUGCAACUCACAAAUACCCUUUUAGAAUUGGAGGAGGAAAAGGCAGUGUGGUCAGCCAAGGAAAAGGCUUCUGUUGAAGCCAUUAAGGAAAAAACAAAUGCUUAUAAUGAUGAGCUCACUUCGUUGUCAAGUGAAUUAUCAAAGGUGAGAAGUGAAAUGAUGUCUUUCCAAAAGGAAUACGAGGCCCUUCAGGAGAGAUUGAAGUGUGCAGAGGAACAUGCAGAGUUGAAGACAAAAUGCAGCAUGGAGAGGUUAUCCGAGAUUGAUCAAUUGAAACAUGCACUUGAAGUGACGGACAAUGAGAAGCGGAACUGUGAACAUCUGUUGAAGUCCAAGCUUGAUGAUUUAUCUUCAGAGCAUAGUCUUGCGUGCAAAGAAGUGGAUAAGCUUCAGAUGGAGUUAGCUACUCUCAAAACGGAGCAAAAAGAUUUAUUAUGUAGGAUCAAACAAGAACAAGGAUCAAAUUUGUCUAAUGACUUGCAGAUGAGCAAAAGCCAGCUCCAGUAUAUGACUGAAGAGAGGGACAACUUGAAGGCACAAAUUGAAGAGCUGCAAGGAAAUAAGGUUGAAAUCGAUUGUAUUGGACAAUGCGAUGAUGACAGGUUGACAGCUCAGCAUGAAGCAGAACAUCUUUCAAAGAGAUUAACUGCACUGGAAUUAAAGAUACAUGAUGAUGAAGUUAAGAAGAACAAAGAGACAGCAAAGCUACGAAUGAGACUCCGAUCUACACAAGCUAAAUUGGAUGUCUUCCGGGAGAGGUAUAAGGAAGCUUUAGAUGAGCAGGAUUUCAUGCAUAAGAAAUUUGAGGAAGCUUCCACUAUGUUGAAAGAACGGUUGGCUUCCUAUGGUAUAGAGGUGCUUAACUUGAAGAAACAACUUGCUGGUGCAAAUACACGUUAACCAUUUCAUGUAUAGAUAUGUUAAGAGAAACACCUGUUUUGUACAUUGAAGUGGUUCGAAAUUGGGGAUUCCUGUAAACUUAGGUGAUUAUCAUUACCUCUUAGGGAGUAUAUAUUUAUAAACAUAUCGAGCUAACGUACUAAUUAAUUGUAAAAAUAUAUGCAGCUUGUGUAUUUAUUAGGAGUGGAUUAACAAAGAAAGUAGUAUUUUGGUGAAGAGGGAUUGAUUCUGAUGCAGUUUGCUGCUUUCUUGGGCUGUAUCCUGUAUGGCUGUAUGUAACUUCAUGUUUGAUUAAUAAAUACUCAUCCAUGAAGUAUUAUUUACCAAUAAUAGAUACUUCAGUUUUUGUUUUAGCGUUUUUAAUAUCUUAUGAACAAUGGAUGGUUUAUUUUUUUAUUUUGUUUUGUUUGUAUUAAAAUAAAAGAAACAUGUUUGAUAAUGUUUAUAAAAAAUUAUACUUCUUCGGGUUCGUUAAUAUUGCGAUGGUUUGAUUAUUAUUUUUGCAGGCCCUAUUUGACCAUUAAUAUCAUUAAUUUUCCAUCAAGAAU